AUGCUCCGCCGUCUCUUCUCGACCGCGACCACCGCGCCCGGGUUCAGGUCGGGUCUGCCCCCGACCAUCAAGCAACUCCUGGCCUCCCCAAGCAUCCCCGUCGGUACGGGCACUCCACCCGCAGCAGCAGCAGCAGCAGCAGAAAAUGUGCAGGUCCACGGCUGGAUCAAAUCCGUCCGGCGCCAGAAACGCGUCGCGUUCGCGGUCGUGUCCGACGGGAGCUCCGCCCGCGGCCUCCAGGCCGUCUUUCGCGACCCCGAGCUCGCCAAACCGUUGACGAACGGCGCGAGCGUGCGGUUGACCGGGCGGCUCGUGGAGAGCCUCGGGAAGGGGCAGGAUAGGGAAUUGCAGGUCGACGGGGUCGAUGUCAUCGGCGAGUGCGACCCGGAGGUAAGCACGUAUCCGAUACAAAAACAAGCGCUGUCGACAGAGUACCUCCGCGACCACUGUCAUCUCCGCACGAAGACGGACGCGAUCGCGUCCAUGCUCCGGCUCAGGGACGGCGCCGCGUCCUCCUUCCACCACCAUUUCAGGGACCUCGGGUUCGUCUACACCCACACACCCGUCGUCACCUCCAACGACUGCGAAGGCGCCGGCGAAACCUUCCGCAUCACCCACCCCUCGCCCGUCCCAUCGUCGCCCGACCGCUCCCCUUCUCGCACCCCUCAAGCACCGGCCCCACCGUCCACGGACGAGUUCUUCGGCCGCCCGGCCUACCUCACCGUCUCCUCCCAGCUCCACCUCGAAUCCCUCGCCGCCGCCCUCUCGCGCGUCUACACCCUCGGGCCCUGCUUCCGCGCCGAACGCUCCCAAACCGGCCGGCACCUCGCCGAGUUCUGGAUGCUCGAGGCCGAGUGGACGUUCGUCGACCGCGUCCGGGACGUGUGCGACGUCGUCGAGGGGUCCGUCAAGCGCGUCCUGCGCGACGCGCUCGCCGGCGCCGAGGUCGACGAAGCGCGGCGCGCGGCGUUGGAAGACGCGGCGAGGGCGGAUAAGGCGUGGGCGCGGAUGAGCUAUACGCAGGCCGUGCGCGCGCUGGAGGCGAGCGGACGGGCGUUCGCGUUCGAGCCGAGGUGGGGCCAGGCGUUGCAGAGCGAGCACGAGCGAUGGCUCGCGGAAUCGCUCGUCGGCGGCCCGGUGUUCGUGACCGACUACCCGGCCGCGCUCAAGCCGUUCUACAUGCGCGCCAACGACGACGACGACGACGACGGCCGGCGGACCGUCGCGUGUUUUGAUCUGCUCGUGCCCCAGCUCGGCGAGCUGGCGGGCGGGUCGUUGAGGGAGCAUAGGGUGCAUCUGUUGGAGGAGGCGAUCGGGAGGCACGGGCUGGAGAGGGAGGCGUACGAGUGGUAUGUGGAUUUGAGGAGGUACGGUGGGGCGCCGCAUGGCGGGUUCGGCUUGGGGUUCGAGCGCUUGAUCGGGUGGGUGGGCGGCGUGGAGAAUGUGAGGGAGUGUAUAGCGAUGCCACGAUGGGCGGGGAGGAUGCUGCUGUGA